AUGGCUUCCCAAUCUAAGUCUUGGAAACAAUGUCGACCGGCUAAUGGCGCCGAAUUCAAUGGCGAUCUCGAUGCCGUCGACGGAAGCAAAACCGCAGAGAGGCGCCCUGUAAUGGAGGCAUACCUCCAAUACCUCGUACCGGAGAAUGCGCCAUUCCUCGGUAUGGUGCGCACGGCCGUUGAAAAGCUAGCCUUCAAAACUUGGGCAAAACAGGAAGUUAACGGUGUUGGCGACGAGGCGUCAGAGUUCGUUAUAGACAAGGUAGUAUGGGGAAAAUACCUUAAGACCCUGCCGAAGGAUCGAAUUCCCAGCUUCCCGUGGGCAGACAUAGUCGCAGAAGACAUGCCCAAAUAUCCAGCCUCUCCCAAAUAUGAGCAGUAUCUGGUUGCAAUGAAGGCCGGCUCAGCGAAGGUCCCAGUCACGUCCGAAGCCUCGACAGCGGUAGCAGAAUCCGAAUCAAGGGCCAGAGACGACAAGUUGAACACACACAUAGCGAGACUCGAAUUGAGCCUUCGCCGCGCAGAAAACGACGUGGAAGCUGCGGCCCGGGAAUUCAAAGAUACUGAGUCGGUACAGAGUGGCCUCCCUGGUGUUGAUGCCGAAGAGAAAUCCGUGGAGGAUAAUGAUGUAAUCAUUCGUGACCUCACGGCCCAAGUCCACGCCCUCAACCGUGAGAACAAAGAAAUCAAACGGGGAUUAGGAAAGGCCAUGACAGCUCGGAAGAGGUCAAUUGAUGAUUUAUCAAAUGACGAACAGGAUCCGGUGGCCGAGGGCGUGGACAUUUCGGCGGGAGUUGACACCAGUGCGGGAAAAACUCUGAGCAAACGACCUCGCCUGGACUCCCCUUGA